AUGGCGAUGUAUGAACAACGGGAAGAAGAAGAACCCAGAAGAGAUGGACGGAGGAGAUGCGAUUUUAGAUUACGCAAUCAUUCAGAUUAUGCCUUCUCAAAACAGGUUCAUUCUCAUUUCUCUUUAGUUUUUUCUGCAAGUUUGUGCAAAUUCUCAAUUAUUUUCUCUACUGUUUGUUUCAAUGUACGAGCAUAUACAUGUCGUGGUAAAAAUGUAGAGAAACCGAGUGUUGGGGUUCUUCAAAAACUCUUGCCUCAUUUGCCCGAGUUAAACAACUUGUACACCCGCGGAUCUAUUUCCAAUUCAAAUUCCAAUGCCGCUAAUUACAAACUACAACCCCCCAGCAAUCUCAAAUCUCCCGCAUGGUUUACUCUAUCUACUUUCUCCAGAUACUUAGAUAUUGUGGGUUCUACUGAUUUAUUGGAUACUGCUAAAGUUAUUGAAGCUGAGAUGUCUCAAUUGGAGGAAGCUAAAAGAUUUCAUCUUUCAGUAUGUGCUCAGGGUCACCAAGAUCAUAAUCAAAGUAGCGAAAAUGGUAAAUCUCAGCAGUUUGGAGUCCAGAGUUCAUCAUUAGAAACAUCAAAGAAUGAGCUCUUACGUGAUAUGGGCUCGAGGUUUACAUCAUUAAGAAGUAAGUUAGUUUAGCUUUUAACCAGGCAGUUGGAGAAACCUG